UCCUCCUAUACAAAUGAAGCUGCACCCUCCCAUUCUCCAGUUCAAUCGGAUACUUCAGACCCUCGCCAAGCCGAAACCACCGACUUUCCUCCUCCACAACCUUGAUCCAUCCUUUUCCUUCCACAUCAUCCUCACCCAUUCCACCCUCUCUCCCCAAAAGCGUAAAGUCUAACAACCACCGCAUAGGAUAUUCCUUCUCCUUGCCGUUCAAGCUCACCGUCGAGUAACUCCCGGGACUAUCCACGACCAGCAACAACGCACCUUGCCGCACGUACUCGGUCAGCCUCAUCAGGAAAGAUUGCGUUUUCGCGACAGAGACGGUGUAGAGCUCGUUGAGCGUAAACAUGAUGGUGACGACAUGUGCGUCUUGCACUGCGGCUUGGAGUGCGGUCGGGGGCAUGGACAAGAUGUCUGCUUGUUGAAAAGUGUGGGUAAGAGAUGAUGAAGGAAGGAGUGGUUUAUUGGCGGCCUUUACAGCGGCGGAAGCGUAAGGCGAGAGAUGCGGGGCGGUGGUGAUGUGGGUGGAGAGGAGGUUGAGAAUGGGUGACCAAUUCGCUAUGUCGAUUGUCAAGAUAUCGACAGUUGGCUGCGCUUCCUCCUCCAAACCCUCGGAAUUCUCAAUCUCUUCGCCUUUCUCGACUUCUUCGUCGGUUUGGGUACUUCUGUCUGCUAUGCCCAUCAUUUUCGCAAACCCUCCUAGAGCUACAAUCUCCGCCCCGGCUCCGCCACCCAGAUUCACCACUUUCCACGUCUUUCUCUUUUCCUCACCGCUGAAGGGUCGGAGCUCAGACUUGAGUGUCUGGAAUAUAGAGAGAUAGUUUAGUGCGCGGCUCGGGCUCCAUCGAGCGGCAUAGGCCUCGAGGUAUUCUUCCUUGCUGAAAGCGGCGGCAAAUUCACGGUUGAAGAGAUGUUGUUUGACCUCCUGGAGCAGCGGUUUGAAAUCGGAGUCCAGGCGCGUGCGGAAGGCGUCUCUGAAGAUGUUGAGCAGGAGUUGCUGGAGGUCGACGGGGAUUGUCGGAGUGGAGGGUGCUGAUGAUACUGCUAUGAGAGGUACCCUAUACUCAUACGUAAUCGCGCCUAUGAGUGAAGUCUCUGGGUAGUUCCGUCGCUCGUGGAUAAUAAUCACGUUCCAAGCGAGCGAGAAAGAGAGAGGGGAGAAAAAAAGAGAGCCGCCUCGGAACCAAUGCUACUAACAUCGGAAACAUUUCCGACAUCCAAGUAUACAUAUUCCGAACGGAACGGAGCAUCAGAUUACACACCACACACUACAUCCUCCUUCCCACCUCACCAAGAACGAGAAAAGCAGGCGUUGAAAAUCUCUGGAAAAAAAUCGCGAAUUCCAUCAUAAAGCUAGAAAAGAUAGAUUAUCCGCAAAAUGCGUCUUCCAUAUAUCCCCUCCGACCCGCAAUUCCCCUCCCCAGAAGACCAAGCCAUCGUCUCCCGAAUCCAGCAACGACGCGGCCCCAACGGACUCCUCGAGCUCGACCGCGCGCUCCUACACUCGCCUCCCGUCGCGGACGGAUGGAACUCCUUCCUCGCCUCCAUCCGCACCCAGACGUCUCUCUCGAUAUCGAUCCGCGAGCUCGCCAUCUGCCGCGUCGCAGUGCUGAACCGUGCAUGGUAUGAGUGGGACCAUCACGCGCCGCUGCUGCUGGCAGCGUCUGGUAUGACGCAGGCGCAUGUAGACGCUGUCAGGAGUCUACCACCCCAUUACGACCGCGCUGGAGAGAGCGACGAUGUGUUUGAUGAGCCGCACCGUGCGGUGUUGGCGUAUGUGGAUGCUAUGACCUUGGAUGUUACUGUGGCGGAGGAGGUGUUUGGAAGGGUGAAGAAGGCGUUUGGGGAGAAGGGAUCGGUGGAGGUUACCGCGACUGUUGCGGCGUAUAAUUGUGUGAGUCGGUUUUUGGUCGCUCUAGACGUCGGAGAGAUGAAUGGGAAAGGAAAAGAGGCCUCGAGUUAG